ACUUCUUCGUGUCUUAAUCUUUCUGUUUUGUUCUCGUUAUGUUUCAGUAAGUUCUGGACGAGGAACCGACCAGGUGAUAAGAUGAGAGACCGGUACAACCUGAACCUGCUGCCGGGGAUGUCAGAGGACGGCAUGGAGUACGACGACGUGGACCUGAACAGCGUGGCCUCCAUCCCUGGUAUGGGGAUCCCCGAGCAGCUCAAGGCCGCCAUGGAGCUGGAGCAGAGCAGUAAAGAGGCGGCUCCUGAGGUGGAGAUGUCUAUCCCUGGUCUUGACUGGGGCAUGGACGAGGUCAUGGGUAAAGACUCCAAGAAGGUCCCGCAGAAGAAAGUACCGUACGCCAAACCGAUCCCAGCACAGUUCCAACAGGCCUGGGCAGAGAACAAAGUGCCCAUGAUGCCGCCCGGCGGAGAGAUGUCCAAAGACCGAAAGGUGGAGCAGAAAGUGGACGGCAAAAAGAAAACUCAGUCAGAGAUGGAGCAGGAGAUGGCGUACACCAACCCGAUGCUGCUGGAGCAAAUGAAGAUGGACCGGAUGAACCAGAUGAACACAGACGGGAACAUGGGGCCUCAGCAGGGACAGGGCCCUAUGCCCCCCUUCCCCGGAGGUCCUGGGGUCCCAAUGCCUCCCGGCCAGCAGGGCUUUCCCCCAAACAUGCCUCCUCAGCAGAUGCCCAACAACAUGGGGCCUCCAAUGGGCCCCGGAGGCAUGCAGCCUCCUUUCAUGUCCCCUGGACAGAUGGGACCACCUUCUGGACCCCAGUCUCACCAGGGGCCCACUCAGGGCAAUAUGGGACCACCAGACAUGCAGAGACACCCAGGCCCGCCCAGAAAUAUGGGUCCCCAAGGGCCUCAUGGUAUGGGACCCAGAGGGAUGCAGGGGCCCCAUGGUGGGAUGAUGGGUCCCCCUCCUCGAGGAAUGGGUCCAAGGGAUCCUCAGGGUCCUCCACCUCAGGGGAACAUGAUGGGUCCACAGGGUGGGAUGAUGGGGCCCCCACCCAGGACACACGGCAAUGCGCCAAACAACUAUGGGAUGGGCAACAUGCAGGGACCCCCGGGAGGGUUGCAUGGGCCUCCAGGAAAUAUGCAGGGGCCCCCAGGUAACAUGCAAGGACCCCAUGGAAACAUGCAGGGGGCCCAAGGUAACAUUCAGGGGCCCCAUGGAAACAUGCAGGGACCCCCAUACAUGCAGCACCAGAACUCGGGGCCUAUGAUGCAUGGGAUGGGGCAGCAGGGGCCCAACAACAAAGACCCUCGGGGACCGCCGCCCAACCACCACAUGGGCCCUUCAGACCGGCAGGGACCAGGGGGACCGGACCAGGGCUCCAGCACUUACUGGGGAGACAACCAGCAGGGUCGACGUGGACCGCAGGACUUUGAUGGAGGCCAGGAAUUCCAUGGCAGAGGAGAGGAGGGCUGGAGACCUGGACCUGGACCAGGAUACCAGGGUGGAGGAGGGGGAGGACACCGGGGGGGGGGGCACCGAGGGGGGGGGGGGGGGGGGAACGCAGGGAACUGGGGCCCCGAGGAGAGGUUCACUGGAGGAGAGUUCAGAGGACGGAGAGACGAGAGGUUCAGAGGAGGAGGCCCCGGCCGGCUCGGAGCUCGAGGUUACUCCGACGAGUACGGCAGCCAGGAGGAGGGCUUCGAUGGUCCUGAGGAGAUGGGCAGAGGCUGGGACAACGGGGGCCGAGGGAGGCCGCCUCGAGGAGGAGGUCCACCCAGAGGAGGUCACGAUAGCUAUCGGGACGGUCAGCAGCAGAUGCAUGAUGGGUCGUCUCCGACGGGUCGUGAGCGCUCCGCCUCCCUUCAGGGGAUGGACAUGGCAUCUCUGCCCCCCCGGAAGCGUCCGUGGCAAGACGGCCCGGGAACCGGAGACCCCCGAGAGCGAGAGUCCCCGGGAGCCGACGGAGGCCGCCCCCCACUGAGGGAGGACGGGGGCUACGGCCCGUCUGGUCGAGGUGGACGAGGAGGCUGGGGUCCCGGAGGACCUGGACCGGUCCCCAGGAGAGGAGGACCAGCACCCAGAGUGCCACCGAGGGGGGGCAGCCGGGGCCGGUAGUCCUGGAGGAAAGAAACAAACUCCCAUGAACCCCCACAGACCUGAGUCCAGAUCCUGAGGAACCUUCAGACAAACUUUUGGUCAUGUGACACAUUCAGAUCUCUGCUGCUGUGAGGGACGCUGGCUCCUGAUUGGUCCGUACUGACGGAGCAGGAAACAGAACGUUUUAAUGUAAAAUAUUGUAGAGAAUCAUCGUCUCUUUUAUUUCAGUCACUAGUCUUGUUGCUUUUUUGUAAAAGAUUUCUAUGUUUUUGUGUUUCACUGAGGUGGACAAUAAAGAUUCACACUUCAACUCAUCGUCACAUGAGGGGGGGGUGUAAUAUCUGAAUAAACAUAAUACUCAGAGUACACACUCGGUAGUACUCAGUACUGUGUCACAGAUGAAACCAGAGUUUAGUUUUGUAUGAAAGUGACUUUAUUCAUGAAAAGUUCAAACAUAACUAUUAUUUGGUCCUCUGAGCAGCAGCAGCAGUCUGUCUGUCUGUCUGUCUGUCUGUCCUGCAGCUCAGUGAGCAGAACAUACGGUAAUCAAUCACGUGACCGGUCUGUGACGCUCGGUCCCGCUCAAGUCGGCAUGGUUUUCCCGGUCACGGUCCUCUUGAUGGCUGACGCCGCCAUCCCCCCCAUGAAGCGGAUCCCGGCGCUUCCUCCUGGCAGCAGCGACACCACGUGGCCGACUAUGACCGCGACCUGCACCGCGGCUCCCAGCGCAGUCAGCGCGGUGCUGUGGAGGCUCAGCGCCGCGUACAGAGUCCCCACGAGGGAGCACAGGUAGACGGCGGGUCCGGGGGAGGUGGACAGGCCGGCGAAGAGUCGGCUGGGCCCGCGAAGCACCGCCGCUGCCGCGAUGGCGAACAGCGAACCGAGCGACCAGAGCAGCGCGAACUUGCGUGCGUAGAGCAGCAGCAGCGGCGCGUAGAGCGCAGAGAGGCCGAAGCACAGCACGGAGAACGACGCGAACACCAAGGAGACCACGAGCCGCUGACGGCGACUCAUGCCUGGCAGACAGGGGUCCGGCUCGGACGACCACGGCCAGGAAAACCCGCUGUUUCCUCCGGAGCUCUGGCUUCCGGACGCACCUCCUCCUCCGGACCACGGACUUGACCACCGCCCGAACCAGCUCCCCGAGACCGGGUCAGGGUCGUCCAGGUCCACCGUGGUGCUGGAGCCGGACUGUGAGGUGGUUCUGGAGCCGCCACCUUUGGACUGGGCCAAAUACUCCUGGAGCUGUCUGUUUAGUUCCGCCAUGACGGAGGAAGCUAACAGGCUAGCUGUUAGCAAUGGACGACUUCUUCUUCUUGUUUUUCUUCUAAACUUCCGGUUUCCCUCUGCUGCCCUCUACCGGUCAUCUGUAUUAACUAGAAAAUGCGUUGGAAUGCUGAAAGCUGAAAUUAAUUGCAGAGACAUUGCUGAAAAUAGAUAUCCAAUAAAAAAAAUUGUAAAAAGGUUAAUUCUGGAAAGUCCUGUUAAAAUCUAAGACCUGAAUGACUGUGACAUAGACAGAAAGAUAGAGAGGAGAGAGAAUGAGUGUGAGAAAGACAAACAG